CUUUUUUGACCUCAAAUUCUAGGGGUACCAAAAGCUUAAACCCAAAACGACAGCAAAUCGGAGAGCAGAACCACCGAAACAGCCGAAAUGGCUACGCUUCUCAAGUUCUACAGACCCUUCUCCCCAAUCCGAUUCCCCAACUCGGUACGGACGAUUCGACUCACAACCCACCACUCGCACACCCUCUUCUUCAAGCCCAAGCCCAAGAAGAGCAGCCUUAUCCGCUGUACUCGUCUCAGUUCUCUGAGCUCCCCUCAGCCUUCGGUUCCAUCGUCGUCGUCGUCGACGGAGCUGUGGCUGUACAACACGAUGAGCAAGAAGAAGCAAGUGUUCAAGCCCAAAGUGGAGGGUCUGGUGGGCAUGUACGUGUGCGGAGUCACAGCUUAUGAUCUCAGCCAUAUCGGCCACGCCCGCGUCUAUGUCACUUUUGAUGUUCUCUACAGAUAUCUUAGGCAUUUGGGGUGUGAGGUCCGUUAUGUACGGAAUUUUACCGAUGUGGACGACAAGAUAAUUGCUCGGGCAAAUGAAUUAGGGGAGGAUCCAAUCAGUUUGAGCAGACGCUACUGCGAAGAGUUUCGUCAAGAUAUGACAUUACUUCAUUGCCUGCCACCUUCUGUUGAACCACGAGUAUCAGAUCACAUGCCCCAAAUCAUUGACAUGAUCAAGCAGAUUCUUGAUAAUGGGUAUGCCUAUGGAGUUGAUGGGGACGUGUACUUCGAUGUAUACAAGUUUCCAGAAUAUGGACGAUUAUCUGGGCGAAAAUUAGAAGAUAAUCGAGCUGGUGAGCGGGUUGCUGUGGACUCAAGGAAGAAAAAUCCUGCUGAUUUUGCUCUAUGGAAGGCUGCAAAGGAGGGAGAGCCAUGUUGGGAGAGCCCAUGGGGUCUUGGAAGACCUGGUUGGCAUAUUGAGUGUAGUGCCAUGAGUGCUGCUCAUCUCGGUUACUCUUUUGACAUACAUGGUGGAGGAAUGGACCUUGUGUUUCCCCACCACGAAAAUGAAAUUGCUCAGAGUUGUGCUGCAUGUAAACAGAGCAAUAUAAGCUACUGGAUACACAACGGCUUUGUCACUGUUGACUCAGAGAAAAUGUCCAAAUCCCUUGGAAACUUCUUUACAAUUCGGCAGGUUAUAGACCUUUACCAUCCACUGGCUUUGAGACUUUUCUUGAUGGAGUCCCACUACCGAUCUCCAAUCAACUACUCUGAUGUGCAGCUUGAAAUUGCUUCGGAUCGUAUUUUCUACAUCUAUCAGACGUUGCAUGAUUGUGAAAAUGUUCUAAGCCAGAAUGAGGUAGCCAUUCGAGCGGAUUUGAUCCCACCUGAUACUGCAAAUUGCAUCAAUGACUUCCAAAACAUUUUUGGAGCCUCAAUGUCAGAUGAUCUUCACACUCCUGUUGUUCUGGCUGCAAUAUCUGACCCAUUAAAGACCAUCAAUGAUCUCCUACAUACCCGUAAGGGGAAGAAGCAAGAUUUACGAAUGGAAUCUCUUGCAGCUUUGGAAAGGAUAAUCAGGAAUGUUCUGACUGUUUUAGGAUUGAUGCCCACAAGUUACUCAGAGGUUUUGCAGCAGCUGAUGGAAAAGGCUUUGAAGCGUGCUAAGUUGACAGAAGACCAAGUCUUAAAAAAAAUAGAAGAAAGGACUGCAGCAAGGAGGAACAAGGAGUAUGAAAAAUCAGAUGCAGUUAGGAAAGAUUUAGCUGCUGUUGGAAUUGCUCUUAUGGAUAGCGCUGAAGGGACUACUUGGAGACCAGCUGUUCCACUCGCACUUCAAGAGCAGCAGGUGACGGCAACUUGAACGGCUUCCAGGUUCACAUUUUUUAACUAAUUAUUGGGAUUCUGCUGUGUAAGAUUUGGGUGAAUGCAGUUUUUCUCCCAGACAUUUAAGGAAGAUGUUCAAUUGUGGGUAGCUAUUAAAAAAUAAAAUCACUGUUCUUUUACUUAUAAAAAAAAAUUAAAAAAUAAAAUCAGUGAGCAUCAUAGCCAAUUUCAAUUUUGGUUUCCAAGUAAUGAUUAAUACAUUUUACGUUGAACCAAACACAACUGCCCUGUAAACAUUUCAUUUUUUGGUUUUCUUCCAUCUUAUAGAAUAAGAUUAAAAAAAAAAUGCACAAAAUUUUCAUAUUUUCAUAUUUUGUUGGUAUACUUGAAAGUGGGAUUGAUCAAUUACUUACAGGCAGGGAAGUUAAUAUAAGGUAUUUGAGCAAAUACAAUGGAGAAAGAAGCAACAGCUAUUGGAUCUGAUUCAUUUACAUGUAUUGGUUCCAAUGGUGGAAUAUCCCCAGUUGAAUCUACAGCAAGUAUUUUCCCAUUUAGAAGCAUUGUUUGGCUGUGUAAAUCCCCAUCUUUUGCUGUCAAGUGAUAUUCUUCCCUUGUACUCUUACCAAUUACAGGCCCUCCAGCCACUGUAGCCAAUUUUGUUCUUGGACUUUGAUUUUCUUGUGUAGUUGUAGUCAUGAGGUUACUGGUACCAUUUUCAGUCGACACACGCACGUGAAAUGUAGUGUUACCGUCUAGGUUGAUCAGAAGCAACGUGAUUCCUUGCUGCAGAGCCAUGGAAACUCAAUGAAUUAGCAAACUUUCUUCUUUCUUUUUUCUUUUUUCUGCUAACUGUAGAUUGUACUCACCGUUUUCUUUGAACAGUGAGCAUAAGCACGUAUUUUACUUGUUCCCGAGAAGCUUGUGGACAGAACGUUGUUUCCCAUUAAUCGGUGAAAAAGAAGGGCACUGUGAAAUAAAACAAAUAUUCAUUAGCUUUC